UAUGUACGGAAUGAUAUUUUGUUGGUAGGUAUCGUUGUUACGAGUAAAUUUCCAAUGUAACUAAUUCUAAAUUUCCUUUUAAAUUUGCCGCUUGUACUUGCUUGUUAUCGGACGGUGUCACGAGAUGGUGGUGUGUUAGACGGUCGAGGCUCCAUCUCGCGUGUCGUACGAUAACAAGUACGGCAAGGGGCAGGGCGGGGUAUUGCUGACGUCACUUUCGGCAAUGUCCGCCAACACUCGAGUGACCCGAUCUCGCCCGAACGGGUCAAUGUCUGAGCUGAGAAGGCUUCGAAAAAUUCGUAGCUGGUGUGGUGUUCCCGUGCUCGACGACGAAGAGAAGUCGUCGUUGAUCGUCGAGAACUGAUUUCGUCGGGUGAAAAUCGAGCACGCGUAUUUAUCCCUUUUUCGGCGCUACGCGCAAGGCGUCGUCGGCUCGUGCAGUGAUUUCGCGAUCGUCGAAACUAGAAGUGAACAGCGACGGCGACGACGACCUGCCCUCGCGCAACGACGACACAGACAACGGCGGCUACGACGACAUCGACAAAACGAACGACCAAGGAAAUGUCCACGUCGAUACGGUCCUAGCUCGUCUAUCUGUGCAGCGUAACGCCUAUCGCGGCGAAAUGUGGACAAGCCUGGCAAGUCGACAACGUCGAGCUUGAAAAGUUGUGAAGCGCGAGAGAGUGACGAUUAACGACGAGAUUCAAAGUGUAGAGAGAAAGAGAGAGAUAACGCGAUUGAGAAAGAACGGCUGUGGCGGAGGUGAGGCGGUAGCGCUUCCCCCGCACCCUUCGCAAGUACGAGUACGAGCGCAAGAGUGAGAAGAUAGAAAAACGAACAACGGGAGGAGAAAGGAAGAAAAGAAAAGAAGAGUGAAUAAGGAAGGUGGACGACUACGCCGUUAGGUUGAAAAAGUGAAGACUAGCGAAGAAAGAAAACUGGAGAGCGCGAGCGAUCGGUGUGCCAAGAGUAACGACGGUGUUACAACGACAACCGUCAAAGGCGUUGUCAAAGAAAUAAAAAUUGACCGUGUCGUCCUUUCCAUAGAAGCAACGGUGAGGUACAUAGGUCGACAACUACAGAGAAAUCUGACCCGUCGGCCGGAUCGUCGCGGAGUUGCACUAUAUAGGAAGGCUACCACCAAGUGCGGCGGUGUGCCUCCACUGGCGAGCGCGUACGAACCAUUCCGAAAACGUCGACCCCCGCCUCCCCUCGCGGCAUAGCUCUCCGCAACACUCCGCGCCCUACUCAGGUUAUUAGGUAUAGUAGAACCGCGUUUCUCCAUGUUUCUCGGCUUGUGAUAUUCUCUGACAGCUGCGACCGAUACGAAAAAUUAUUGUAAAUUGUGUCGAUCCGCGUAGUCGGAGGCCACCGGCGCGGUAUCGUAGCCGCCGGUGGACAUCGGUAAAACAAGAAAAAAAUACGAACAUCGUGCGAAUCGAAUCGAAUCGAAUCGAAUCGGAUCGGAUCGGAUCGGACGGCAAGCCUGUCGCGUGAAGGUGCUUGGUGAAAACGGAGUGUACAUAACCCGGUGCGCGGCGUUCCGUCACGACCAACGUUGAUCGCGAGAGUCGCUACCAUCGCCAGCGGGACCGAUCGUAAUCGAAGCAAGUGUUUGGAGUGCAAAGAAAAUUCGGACGUCUACCGCUUUCCCUCCUUUUUCUUUGCACUUUGCUUUACCAACUCUACACUCUAACCAUCAACCUUGUUCACAGUUUUCCGUACUGUCCUCUUUCUCGAUCUUGCGCGCGCUUUACUCGUUCGUUGUAUUCUUUCCUCCCUUCUAUCCCUUCUACUCCAUCCCGCCCUUCCACUCUUUUUCCUUACUCUCUCGCUCCGACAACCUCUUUCUCCGGUGUUGUUUCGUCUCACUCUCUUUCUCUCCGUUUAUCCGUCGAUCGAGCACAGUCGUGGCGUAAUAUAGAAGACCCGACACCGUGCAGACGCGUAUGCGUGCGUGCGAAGUGAUUAUCGUUCGUCCUGCCAUUGUCCGAGGUGGUAACGACGACGACGAAGACGACAACAACGACGCGUUGCUGGCUAUCUUCGCGUGAGCCGAUCGCGAAGAGGAGGAGGAAGAAGUGGCACGGCCAGCCGAGGCGGCGGCCAGCGGAAACAGAAGCGGCAUACUCCAGACCUCGGUGUCUGGUGGAGGUGGAGGUCGAGGUGGAGGAGCCGGUCAAGAAGAUUUCAGGAUGAGCGGCCGACCGAGGACCACCUCCUUCGCCGAAGGCAACAAGCUGCCCGCGAAUCCAACGCCACUGGGUGGCAUGAAGAUCAGCAGCAAGGAUGGCAGCAAAGUGACGAUCGUGUUGGCUACCCCUGGUGUCGGUCCGGAUCGCCCCCAAGAAGUCGCCUACACGGAUACAAAAGUAAUCGGUAAUGGCAGCUUCGGCGUUGUGUAUCAAGCCAAACUGUGCGAUACAGGAGAGAUGGUUGCCAUCAAGAAGGUUCUCCAAGACAAACGAUUCAAGAACCGAGAAUUACAAAUCAUGCGACGUCUUGAACACUGCAACAUCGUGAAACUAAAAUAUUUCUUCUACUCUAGCGGUGAUAAGAACAUCUUAAACGCAACUAAUCCAGUUUUUCAUGUGGACAAGGACGAGGUUUAUCUGAAUCUAGUAUUGGAAUACAUACCCGAAACUGUGUACAAAGUCGCUCGACAUUAUAGCAAAAGCAAGCAAACGAUACCGAUCAGUUUCAUCAAGCUGUACAUGUAUCAACUGUUCCGUUCCCUAGCGUACAUACAUUCCCUGGGUAUUUGUCACAGGGACAUUAAGCCACAGAACUUAUUAUUGGACCCGGAAACCGGAGUUUUAAAGCUUUGCGACUUCGGUUCGGCCAAGCAUCUAGUUAAAGGGGAGCCUAACGUGUCUUACAUUUGCAGUCGUUACUAUCGUGCGCCCGAACUGAUCUUUGGUGCUAUCGACUACACUACAAAAAUUGACGUGUGGAGCGCAGGUUGCGUAUUGGCAGAGUUACUGCUCGGUCAACCGAUAUUUCCUGGCGACAGCGGUGUAGAUCAGCUUGUCGAGAUCAUCAAGGUUCUCGGGACACCGACGCGAGAUCAGAUACGUGAGAUGAACCCCAACUAUACCGAAUUCAAAUUUCCACAGAUUAAGUCGCAUCCUUGGCAAAAGGUCUUCAGGGCACGCACACCCCCGGAAGCGAUGGAUCUCGUCGCACGGCUUCUCGAAUACACACCGUCGUUACGAAUGACACCCCUGCAAGCAUGUGCACACUCGUUUUUCAACGAGUUGCGAGAACAGGACACACGAUUGCCGAACGGUCGAGAGCUUCCACCAUUAUUUGACUUUACAGAACAAGAGCUGCGAAUUCAGCCCACUUUAAACUCGAUUCUAAUACCGAAGUACAUGCAAUCUUCGGACAGUCCUGGAGGUCAAUCGGAAGCCACGAGUGCUGCCGCGGGGGCUAGCGACGCGAGAGAAAACACUGUAAAAGAAUGCGAAAGAGGGGGCAGUGUGCUAAGCACAGCCAUGAAGGAGGAAACGGCGGUGGGGAAGAAAAGAGAAGAGGACGUACGGAAUGAUGAAAAGGAAGAGCAGAAGAAUGUGGAGAAGCAGGCAGGCGAAUAGAAGAAAAACCCUAUUUAACCAGUUGCGGUGCAGAGAAAAAUGCUAGUGCUGCAACCACCGGAUGAAAAUACGAGAUCGUUUGUCGAGUAAGCGAGUAAGUGCUUGCCCCUUUCGGUAUGACCAUGGACUAUAGUCGGUCGUUUACUCGAGUCUGCCAGAAGAGUAUAGUCGUGAGCUGUCGCGUCGGUGCCGAGCGUCUAGUUAACUCUAGUUGACAAUCCGUCUCUAGCAGACUAUAGUUUGCUCUUGCAAAUUCCCGCAUCGACUAUAGUCGGCUGUCCGACGUCGAUGCCUUUAUUAUAGUCGUUUUAUUUACCUAGCCCACCUAUAACCGUUCGCUUGAGUUUGCGCGACAAUUAUAAACCGACUAUAGUCACUUACCCGGAUCCUUACCUGUGUCGAUUACAAUCUGUUAACUAUAGUCGGUGAUGGCUGCAUUUUACGAUAAACGGUUCGCUAUAAUCUUGUAUCCAAGCUUUGCCGUAUUAAUUCGAAUCGCCGAUGGCUGAGUGCGCUCCUCGAGAUUACAAGUCGACGGUAAACAGUGUUUAUUUAAAUCCGAGUGCCAAGUAUCGUCAACAGCGACCAACUGAUGAACACUUUACUCGCACGCCGACUAUAGUUGAUGAUCGUUGACCAAUUCCGUUCGACGCAUGUAACCGUUGAAUAAGUUUCGGAAAACUAUUACCAUUCCCUGAUACCGAACUAGCAUCUUAUUUGUAACAAACAAACAAACAUAAAUAAAUAAAUAAAUAAAUAAAUAAAUAAACACAGACACUGACACAUUACGCAAAAUAACAAAGGAAACGUCCAUUAUUUAUGACUAAUCAUCGACGGCACUGUUCGCUAAAUUGUACACCGGUAUUUACACGUUCGUUAAUACCGAGAGGGUUGCCGUUACUCACAACUGUAUGAUACUAGGGAAAAUUGUGUUGAUAUGCAUAGUAAUACGUAAAGAGAAUAUUUAAAGCAAGACAGUUAAAAAGAAAGAUUAAAAAUAAAAGAAAUCCAGCGAGAAAGGAGUAGAGUUAGUUACUACCGCGAAUACACGCCUAUAAGCUAACAACUAACAAGACGCCAAGUUGAUCGUAAAAAGGUGAGAAAAGUAAGAGAAACGAACGUGUUUGUGUCCUAUGUGUGCUCGUGUACGAGUGUGUUGUCGGGUGCGUGUGAGCGAGAAGUAGCGCCUGGUGGCUGGUGCAUGUAGAGAGAAACUUGCCCUCGGACUGGUUCUCUGGCGAUAACCAGAGAAAGACAGAACGAAGUUGAAG